AUGUCUAAAGGUCUCGUCCUCGUCACCGGAGUCACUGGCUUCGUAGGCACCGCCGUCGCGCUAGCCUACUUCGAAGCAGGCUACACCGUCCGCGGCACCUGUCGCUCGCAAUCCAAAGCCGAAGAAUGGAUCUCCCUGUUCCCACAAUACAAGUCCAAAUUCGAGUACGCCAUCGUCGAGGAUAUAGCCGUUCCGGGUUGUUUCGACGAGGCGGUGAAGGGUGUGGAGAUUAUUGCGCAUACGGCUUCGCCUUUCACUUAUGAUAUCAAGGACAACGAAAAAGACCUGCUCCUCCCUGCCAUCGCCGGCACCCACAACCUCCUCUCCGCCACCUCCCUCUCACCCACUCUGAAACGCAUAGUCCUCACCUCCUCCUUCGCCUCCGUCUUCGACUUCGCCACCUUCCCGGCCAUGGGAAAGACGUACACCGACGACGUCUGGAACCCGGCGACGUACGAGGAGGCGAAGACGCAUGCGCAUCCGGGGUAUGUGUAUUGUGCGUCGAAGGUGUUGGCGGAGCGGACGUUUUGGGAGUGGAUCGAGAGGGAGAGGCCGGGGUGGGAGGGCAGUGUCGUUUGUCCGCCAAACAUCUACGGCCCACCCCGGCAACCCCUCUCCUCCCUCAGCUCCCUCAACACCUCCACAAAAGACGUGUGGAAUAUCAUGAGCGGCGCGUACAAAGAAGGGCUCCCGCCGACUGCGAUGCCGGCGUUCGUGGACGUAAGGGAUGUCGCGCUCGCGCAUGUGAGGGCGACGGAGAGGGAGGAGGCGAAGGGACAAAGGUAUUUGUUGAUUGGAGGUGUUUAUACAAACGAAGAGAUCGCGAGCAUAAUCGCACAGAGUCACCCCGAGCUCAAUGACAGGCUGCCCAAGGUCGACGACGCUUCCAAGGUCAACCAUGACUUAUUGUACGACUCUUCGAAGGCGCAGGAGCAACUUGGAAUUCAGUUCAUUCCGCUGGAAAAGUGCAUUAGGGAUACGGCGGAUAGGUUGGUGCAGAUCGAGAAGGAUCUGAAGCAUUAA